AUGGCACUGGUCAGUGUCAUGGUCCUCUUGAAUAACCUGACACUACUUCUAUCAGCAAAAGGGAAUAACCGUAUUCCUGAUAGCUUGGAGAGUCAAUUUGAAUGGCUUUAUAGCCGGUUCGAAGUCAUACUUAGAUUCCUCACUUAUCGUGAAAAAAGAACCUCUAAUCAUCGUACUGGAUGGCAGAUCAUUGUAGAAAUAAGGGAUUUAGCUCAUCAAUCACAGUACGUUGUGGACACAAAUGUCCAUGAUCUUGCAAAGCACAGAUCAUCAAACAUCAGGGAGCCAUUUUUCCCAGACUUCGGCCGUCUUUACAUGGAUGUGGAGGUACUUAUACAUAAGAUCCGCAGUUUCUAUGGUGACAAAUUCAUGUAUGGCAUCGAAUACAAGAAAGAUUUGCAAGUGUCGAAGCUAGAAGGGAUGUCGCGAACAGGAGGUUGGAAAGCUAAGGAAGAAGAUGAUGAUGAUGAGGUUGUGGGCUUCAACGUAGGGUGUCAGACACUGGUGAAUCAGUUAAUUGAUAUGAAUUGGAAGAAGCUGGGAGUGAUUGUAAUACAAGAAGAAGGAGGAUUAGGUAAGUCUACUAUGGCUACCAAAGUUUACAAUGAUAGUUCGAUUAAAGAUAAUUUUACAACCCGUGGGUGGGUGUUGGUCUCAAAAAAUUAUAGUUUACGUAAAUUGCUUCUCAGAAUUUUAAGUGAUUUCACUAUAAUUAACGAAGAUAUCUGUAACAUGGAGGAAUGGGAAUUGAAACGGGAAAUUACGAAGCAAUUGAGUGGUCGUAGGUAUCUAAUAGUGAUGGAUGAUGUUUGGAAUACAGAAGCAUGGAAAGAAUUAAAAGAUACUUUCCCAGAUAAUAAUGUUGGAAGUCGAAUAAUGUUGACAACCCGGUUCAAGAAGGUGGCUGGUUGUGGAUACCAUUUCCAAUUAUGUUCCCUUGGCAACUCACAGAGUUGGGAACUAUUCUGUAAGAAGAUUUUUGGAUCAAACAAAUGCCCUACAGAAUUAGAAGAUCUUGGAAAAUAUAUUGUUCAAUCGUGUCAUGGAAGGCCAAUGUUAAUAUCCUUGGUGGCUUGUUGUCUUAGUGCAAGUAAGAUGACAGUUUCCAGAUGGUCCAAUAUGGUUAGCCAAAUUGAACAGAGAAGUAUUUCCAAAUGGAAUAUACACAUCUUGACGGUGUGCUACCGUGGGAUGCCCCAACUACUGAAAACAUGUUUUCUCUACCUGGGUGUUUUCCCAGAAGACUCGGAGAUAUAUGUGAAGCAACUGAUCCAAUUGUGGAUAGCUGAAGGACUGAUACAAUGGGUGGACAACCCAAAAGAUAGAAGCAUAGAGGAUGUUGCAGAAGACUCUUUGAAGGGUCUCAUUGAACGAAACUUGAUUCAAGUAACAAGGAGGAGGUUAGAUGGUGGUAUCAAAUCAUGUCGAGUUCAUGAUAUCAUGAGAGACUUGUGUGUCUAUUUAUCAAAGGAAGAAAGAUUUCUUGAGGUUCAUAUCGGUGGAGAUGAUCAUUCAACCGAUCAAACAGUAUUUUCUUGGCAUGAUGAUUUCGAUGGAGAUGAUGAUUCAACCGCUCAAAUCAAAACACAGAGACUCUCCAUAGUAAGAAAUUGUCAAGAUUAUAUAUCCAAAUCAAAAACCUCCGACUCUUCCCAUGUUCGUUCCAUCUCUUGCUUUAGUCAAGAUACUCGAAGCGUUUCUGAAGAAAAUUGGAAACUACUCUUCAAACACUUCCCGUUGCUUAAGGUGUUAAAUCUUGGGGAGGACGAAGUUGAGAACAAACUCCCAGAAUCCAUUGAGGAGCUUUUUCAUUUGAGGUACCUGAAGGUGAAAUCUGCAAAGAAGGUGAGAAUUCCUAAAUCCAUAUUCAACCUUCGGAAUCUCCAAACUAUUGAUUUGAGACAAGGAUCACUUCCAAAGCUGCCAGAAGGUUUCUGGAAGAUGCAGCAACUGAGACACCUCUUUUUAGAUGGGCGAAGUAGACUUCCCACACCUAAAAGUGAAGACCAUCUACCAAACCUCCUCACCUUGUCUUACAUAUCAGAUUCUUCUAUGAAUGGCAUCAAUAUCUCCAAGAAAGCUCCUAAUUUAAGAAAAUUAGGAUUAUACGGCUAUCACCAAUUAGUCUCCAAAAGCGAACAGCAGGUUCUUUUUAACUUCCAACAUCUUCAGUCAUUGAAGUUUGCACAGGAAUGUACGUUCGAAGACCCCAUCCUAUUGCCAGCCACCAUUAACAAGAUAACCGUGAAAAGGGCAAUUCUCCAGUCCAACGUAAUCAAGAUGUUUGGGGAGCUACCAAAUCUUCAUAUUCUAAAGUUGGUACAAACAAAUUUUGAAAAUGAUGAAUUGGAGGUCUAUGGAAAAUAUUCAUUUCCUGAACUGCAGUUGCUGAAAUUUGAAAAUUCAGGUAUUGUUACAUGGAAACUUGAGAAGGGGGCUAUGCCAAAGCUUCAACGCUUAUUCUUCAGUAACUGUUCUCAAUUACAAGUGCUUCCAGCUGAACUAUGGGAAGGGAAUACAAUCCAGGAAUUGGAGUUGGUUUGGCCUUCCAAUAAAUUAGAAAUUCAGGUUGCCAAGGAUUUGAAGGAGAGAAAAGGAAAAAGGCCGCUGAUCUAUCCUUCGCCAAAAAUUACAAGGAGGGCAUGAUUCCCACUGGAUGCUUCAUUCACAAUCGUCUUAGUUGGAUGGAUUGUUGCAUGAUGCCUAACAUAGGCCUAGAUUUUGUAUUUUUUCUUAAUGUAAUUUUUACCGUGUUUGCAUGUUAGUCUCUUUUACUGAUAGGAAUGCCCA